UUUCGGAUUGACACCAAUGCUGUGGUUGGAUGAAAUAUUGUAAUGAUCCGCCACCUACUUCUCAUGCCUGAUAUUGCCUGUAUCAGCGAUUGUUCUGGUCGGGGAGAAUGUCACAACGGAACAUGCGUGUGCGAGAUACGUUUUUCUGGCGAUCACUGCGAUGGUCCCAACUUACCCUACCAUGCAGGAAUAGGAGGAGUUUUCCUGCUAAUUGCGUUGGUUUCUACCAUCCAGCUUCUGAUGUGCAUUGUGUCGGAAUAUCAGCGCUUGAAAACGCCUACAUUUCUUAAGGCGUGUAAAAUAACGACACAAAAAUUGCUAUAUUUUUUAACAUUUCUUGCCAGUGCUAUCAGAGGAGCGUAUUUUACCUCACCGAAUACUUUUAAGUCAGGAUGGGCAAAUAGCUUGUUAUCUGCUUAUUAUCCUCUGCUUAUGUCAGGAUCGUCGUUAAUCGUUUGCUUUUGGGCAGAAGUUUUCCAUAUACCUGGAAUUCAGUGGGAAAAACCACAGUUUCUCUCUAAAUCUUUCAUAGGAUUUUUGGUGUUCAACAUUAUUAGUUAUGGCUUAUUGUUGGCCGAAGUUAUAACGACACAGUUGGUACAACCGCCUAUUGAAAAUGUUUCUUAUUACAAUCAUAUUUUUAAUGGUUGCUACGCAGUAUUAUUGUUUAUUGUAGUUAUAUUUUUCCUUAUAUAUGGAGUUGAAGUAUUUUUUAAGGUACGAGGUGGAUUCAUUAAGAGUCACGUUCAAAUCGCUGGCGCCGAGGAAGAACCACUCCAGACGACAAACAUGAGUCCUCUCGUGAACAAUUCUCAGUUACAUCAGUCACGUGUCGGACUGCUUAGCCACGCCCUAAUGUCGAUCAUUAUAGUUGGGUUUUUAUUCUCCGAGACCUUAUCCGAAUUUUGGAAGACCAAGGUGCCAAUUAAGUCCCGAAAUUUUCACGAUGUCGUGUUUCGUGUUGUCGAAAUUGGUUUGGCAGUUUGGUUUCCCGCCGUAUUGUGGAAUUGCAUAUCACCAGGCGAAUUGUGGCUUUUGAAUCCACGAAAAUUACUAGCGAAAUUGGACCAAAAAUCUUGGGAUAAGAGUAAUAACGGUGAAAUAUUACCGGAAAGCGAGACGUUUGUUGAUAAGCAGGAAUGUUGGAUAUGUUACGAUUUGGAUAAGCCGGAACCACUCAUACAACCUUGCGGGUGUAUUGGUGACAUGUCAAGUGUACACCAUGAGUGUUUGAGAAGAUGGUUAAUGGAAAGUUCAUCUGGUAGCACUGAAGCACUACAAUGUAAAGUUUGCAAGCAGGCAUAUCAAGUUAAGGAAACCAACAAAUUGGACUGGGAAAAGGGAUUUACGGCACAUCAUUGGAGUAGCACUGCUCUGAUAAUUACGUGUUUGUGUUCGGCAGUGGCUGCUGCCUGGACUGUAAUUCAGCUGUUUGAUGAUCCCUACAUCAGAAUGAUCAGUGCCAGCUUAGCUGCCUUUGUAAUCUACAUUUGCAUUAGGUUUCUGGGACAGAAUACGUUAAGUGCAUACAACAGAGCCAAGGUCGGGUCACUAAGUAUUGGCAGUCAUGUGACCACUAUCAGCGGUGCAGUAACCGUAGACCUUAAGACAACGGAAAGUGAACCUCAAAAUUUAUAGGUCAUUUUUUGACUUGUGUAACCAAAAUCGAAUUGACGCACUUGUGAAGAACUGCAAAAUGUCUUAUGGUUGUUGUAUAAACAUGUCCCGGUGAUUUUUAAUAGGAAGCUCUUGUUAAUGAUAGUUUGUAGGUAUCUGUGUUAGAAAUCUGAAUGCUCAAUGUAUUUAAUCAUCUCUCUUAUGACAAAUCUAAUCUGACAUCUUAUUAACAAUUUCUGCAAGAAAAUAAACAAAUAUUUGUUA